AUGGGGACCACUAACGGCACCAACGCCGCUACCGUAGCAGCAGCAGCAGCAGCAGCACGAACCAUGCUGCCCCUUGAGUCGCUGCGUUGCAUACGCGAAACCAUGGUGCGGAGUAUACUACUAUCAUCAAAGCCGCUCAAGUCACAUGAGUUUGUGGACAUAGUCAAGCGCGAGUACCAUCACCAUCAGGCAACGACGACGGUGCCAACGAAGUCAACUUUACCACAAGAGGCUUGGAGCAACAAAGGUUCAGCGACACGAGUGGCGGCGAGUGUGAGGGAGAGUGACGUGGAAGUGUACGGUGAGGCCGGAACUCAGAGCCCCAUUGCGUAUCUACUGAGUUUUCUCAGCUCUGCGUCCAAGGAGUCUGGUGACACGUCAUCCAUCCACGAUGCAGCUUCAUCCUGCCCUGUUGAGGCAACCGUGCGUUUACUACUGGCCAUCGACUCACAAUUUCGCAUCUCUCCAGCUGGAUAUGUGUGCUAUCCAAACUUGCCGUCGUUGUUUCUCGCUUCAACCAACGUGGAGCAGGAUGAUACGUGGUUGCAGGUGGGGCGUCAAAUUGUGCGAGCAGAUGAGGCGAGGCCCUGCAGCCGUGGAGGCGAACAUGGCUGUAGGGCUGCAAUCAGCGCAGUUGCGGGUGAGCUGACCCGGUGGACCUACAUGCUUAGCCUGUGGUUCAUGCUGGAUGCCUUCACAGAAGCCGACGAUGGGAAUGCAGCAACCGAUGGCCUCAACACGCAUGACGGUGCGUCCGUUUCAAAACGUCUCAUGCAACAUUGGGUGGCUGCGUUUGAUGAGCGUGAGCUACCACCGCUGCUGCUUCAAGAGGUCACAACGGGCGGUGGGUGGGACAUCUCAAGCGCGCGAUCCGUGUCCUCCUCGCUGGAGCUGCGGGAAACUUUGGAGGGAAGCGACGUUUUCCGGCGCUGGUGUUCUGAGGCGAAGGAGGGUUAUCUGGGCGACAUCCUGGUGCAUGCUCCGCAACUCACGCAGUCUCAGCCGCUGCUGUUGCAACAGGUGAAUGACCAGUUGGGGUACUUCUUCGUUUUUGUGCUUGGUGCCCCCAUCCCGCUGGGUCGUCUGUCAGCGUUGAUGCAGUGGGCAAGUCUCCCAUUUGCGUCGCACUAUCGCUCCCUGCUUCACUUUCUCCUCCUCUACGUGGGCAACCCCGCUGUGGCACAAAUGGAGCGGCAGCUGAAACGUCGCCGCGAGGCCAAUAAGCGAUGGACAAAUGUGUUGCGAUCCCGCCUGCUGGAAGAUCAGGGUCGCCACUGGCACCCGGACAAGCGUCACCCGCUGGUGGGUCGUUACGCCUCGCGUGAGUACAAGGAAAAGACGCCAGACACGACGGAGCUGACAGCUGCACCUGGCGGCAACGAUACGAAAAGAACGUCAGGAGGCAAGUCAUUGGAGGUUGGAUUGAUAUCCAGCGAGCAGUGUGCCUUGUGGCUGCGGAACGGCAGCGGCUCCCUCGUUAACCCGAAGAUAACGGAUGUGUGCCGUUGCCUCUUCCUGCAGCCGGAGGCGAUGACGCCACUGGAGGUUACGACGCAGACCCCGUCUGAAGUGUUGGAGAGUUUUGAGGCGGUAGCAGCAGGGUCAGAUAAUGACGUGGUGGUGUUCUCUCUUUUGCCGUACGUCUUUGAGCGUCGUGUGUGCCGUGUAAUUCGUGCGUGGUGGGCUCUCGAGGGGCAGUACACCACAGCGACCAGGCCUAGCGGUGCCAUCGCCGUCAUCCCUGUGCAGCGGCUCUGUCAGUUGUGUCUGUGGGAACAUGAGUACGGGGCUGCCGCUGCAAACAAGAUGAUGCUGCACUAUUUAAGAUCAGUAAUAACAGCGGAAGCCGUCGUGCAGUUAGUGCCGCCCCCCGCCCUGGCUGACGCGACGGCCACGUCAACGGAGGAUGCAGGACGUUGGCUUGUGGUGCUCCGCCCCAUGACGGAAGAGCGGUGA